UGUAUUUGAGAGAAAACAAGUGUUCAUUGUGCAUCUUUAUUUAUUCUUUCAAUAAACAUUGGAGACUAAAUAUAGUUUACAUGUUAACAACCCUGUCUGUUUUGCCCCAUAGUUCUGCAGGCGUCGGUUUUGUUGCGAAACAACCAACCCCUGAAGAGCACGGAAGUAUUCCAUCACCCGAAAACAGGGAAAACCAUCAAUAUACGCAGCAGAAUCACCUGUGCUUCAUCACAUGUUGUUUAUUUACUUUGUUCCAUGUUCUGAUAUGUCAGGCAGAAUAGGCCUAUUGUCCAUGCGUGGACAUGUGUGCCUUUGUCACCAUAAUCCCUGAUUGGACAGGUAGGCCUAAUGACUCUACUACCUCAAUGUGAUGUUGUAAUACUAGUCAACCUAUCCCUACUUUGUGAAAGUAGCCCAUUGAAAUGUGAUUCAUUCAUAACACCGCAUCAUGCGUAGGCUAAAUUGCCUAUAAAUUGUUGAUUACUUAAUUAUGAUAGGUCUAAUUAUUUUCACACAAGUACAUUGUACGCUAUAGUAUUAAAAAUUAAAUGUCUUACUCAUGCGUCUAGGCAUUUUGCGUAAUUGUCUGUUUAUUAGGUUAAUAUCACGCAUGGUGAUAUACUGUACGUUUGGUCCAAUGCCUAUCAUGCAUUUGUAUUGGUUUGGUUGGUCACCCACCCCUCCCUACAAUUAGGCUGUGCAGAUCAUCUUUAAAUAGCCUACAAAACAUACCCUAGGCUAAGAGGCAUUGUGACUGCUUGUUUGGUCAUCUUAAGCAUCUAAUCUAAAAUGCAUAAAGAAUGCCACAUAGCCUAAUAGCAUGCAUUCCAUUCAGUCCUCUGAAACAGCUCUCUCCCUCUACCUCUCACUCUCCUCUGCAUCCUGUCUUACUCCUAUUCAAUGGAGAGAACGUUGCAUAAUGACGCACCGUUCACUCCCCCCAGAUAAAUAAAAUAUUAUGGAUCUACCCACCAAUUCAUGAUUUAUUGGUUGCCUCUGAAAUCCAUCUGAAAAAGUCACGAGGAAAGUGUCUUGGGCUUUUUUGCGUGAGGUGCGCUUGUUUUGGAAUUUCAUUCGUUGGAGCUGCGGCGAAAACCCCGCCCCGUCCAGCUGCCGCACUGGAUUGGGUGCUACGGUCGUCUAUCUCCGGGACAUCAGGCUUUGCACGAGUUCGCUCUAGGAGUAAUCAGUUUCGGACGCGUAGUGGAACCAAGCGCUUGGGUCCCCGAUGCUGCACAAAUCACGGCGACCCCCGGUGGAGAUGAAGGCGGACUCCGAUUGGCUCUGAUUUUUAAAAGCCCUUUUCAUUCAGGAGGUUGCCCAUUAUCAACAUGGCUGAGCCGUCGGCCCCAGUACCCACUGCAAAAAUGGCGUCACUUAGCCGGGUUCGAGCUCUGACGAUGAUUUUCUUAACUGUCAGCGGUUGUUUGGUCACCUCGACAAGUGGCAAGGAAGAAGGGGUAGAGUCGGACACGGUUAUCAUCGGGCUCCGGUUGGAGGACACGGACGACAUUUCCUUUAUGGAUAGGGGCUACCUACGGGUGAGUGAACGGUCUCGUGUCAAAUUGAGGGUCUAUGGGCAAAACAUAAACAACGAGACCUGGUCCAAAAUUGCAUUUACGGAACACGAACAGAUCCGACAUGUCGAGGACAUCGACAGCUCGUCGGGGGACAACGGGAGUAAAGAGGAUACGUCUGCGCAUCCCUGCGGUAUCAGGACCUCGGAUAUAAUCAUCUUGCCCAACAUCAUUCUAAGUCGCAGAACGUCGGGAGUAGUUGAAAUAGAGGUCAAACCCCUGCGAAAAACCGAAAGGAGUAAAUCGUAUUACCUGUGCAUUGCCACCUCGACACCUGCCCACCACGCCGCCGGCCUGCACGACCCAUGGACCGAAAACACCUGGAUUUACCACGAUGGGGAUGAUACUAAAGUGAUAGUUGUGGAGGAGAAGAGGUUUCUGCUCCCCUUCUGGCUUCAAGUCAUCUUUAUUUCCAUGUUGCUGUGUCUGUCAGGCAUGUUCAGCGGGUUGAACUUGGGACUGAUGGCACUGGACCCAAUGGAGCUCCAAAUAGUCCAGAAUUGUGGCACGGAGAUGGAGAAGAAUUAUGCCAAAAAGAUAGAGCCGGUUAGGAGCCAAGGAAAUUACCUGCUUUGCUCACUUCUCCUAGGCAACGUGCUCGUGAAUACAACUCUAACUAUCUUAUUUGAUGAUAUUGCAGGGUCUGGGCUUAUAGCUGUGGUGAUGUCAACUAUUGGAAUUGUCAUCUUUGGAGAGAUUGUCCCUCAAGCCAUUUGCUCAAGACAUGGCCUUGCCGUUGGCGCCAACACCAUUUUCCUCACCAAGUUUUUCAUGCUGCUCACGUUCCCUGCAUCAUACCCAGUGAGCAAACUUCUAGAUUACCUUUUGGGCCAGGAGAUAGGCACCGUGUACAACCGUGAGAAGCUUUUGGAGAUGCUCCGAGUCACGGAUCCGUACAAUGAUCUGGUCAAAGAGGAGUUGAACAUCAUUCAGGGGGCUUUGGAACUACGGACUAAGACUGUGGAGGACGUGAUGACCCCGCUAAGAGAUUGUUUUAUGAUUCCAGGUGAUGCUAUCCUCGACUUCAACACCAUGUCCGAAAUUAUGGAGAGCGGCUACACGCGCAUCCCCGUGUUCGAGGGCGAGAGGUCCAACAUUGUGGAUCUAUUGUUCGUGAAGGACUUGGCGUUUGUCGACCCAGAUGAUUCUACACCGCUGAAAACCAUCACUAAGUUUUACAGCCAUCAGCUGCAUUUUGUGUUCAAUGACACCAGGCUGGAUGCCAUGCUGGAGGAGUUCAAGAAAGGUAAAUCCCACCUGGCCAUAGUUCAGAGGGUGAACAACGAGGGUGAGGGGGACCCCUUCUACGAGGUCCUGGGCAUCGUCACCCUGGAGGACAUAAUCGAGGAAAUCAUCAAGUCAGAGAUCCUGGACGAGACAGACUUGUACACUGACAACAAAACGAAGAAGAAAAUCACCCAUCGUGAGCGGAAGCAGGAUUUCUCAGCCUUCAAGCCCAACGACAGUGAAAUGAAGGUUAAAAUAUCACCUCAGCUUCUGCUGGCAACCCUGCGUUACCUAGCAACAGAGGUGGAGUCGUUCGGGCCGGUGCAGAUGUCAGAGAAGAUCCUGCUGCGUCUGCUCAAACACCCCAACGUGAUCCAGGAGCUGAAGUACGACGAGAAGAACAAGAGAGCACCGGAGCACUACCUCUUCCACAGGAACAAGCCUGUGGACUACUUCAUACUCAUCCUGCAGGGGAAGGUGGAGGUGGAGGCGGGGAAGGAAGGGAUGAAGUUUGAAGCAGGAGCGUUCUCCUCCUAUGGGAUGAUGGCUCUCACCGCCUCUCCAGUCCCUCUCUCCCUGUCUCGUACCUUCGUUGUCAGUAGGGCUGAGUCCCUAGCAGGAUCUCCAGAGAACAAGUCCCCCCCGCGGCCGUUUGGUCUGAACCACUCGGACUCUCUGAACCGGAGUGACCGCAUCGAUGCCAUCACACCCACGCUGGGGAGCAGUAACAACCAGCUCAAUGCCUUCCUACAGAUCUACAUGCCAGAUUACUCUGUCAGGGCUGUGUCUGACCUGCAGUACAUCAAGGUGACCCGUCAGCAGUACCAGAACGCCCUGAUGGCGUCGCGCAUGGAUAAGACGCCCCAGUCGAUGGACAGCGAGUUCACCAAGAUCGAAUUGACUCUGACCACUGAGCUCCACGAUGGUGGAGGGGGAGGCGUGCUGGAGACGCCAGCUAUGGCCCCCCACGAGACGGCCAGCCUGCUCAACCUCAACACACAGCCCCAGAACUGUCUGGCCCACAGGGUCAACCACAAUGCGCACAAUGAGGGACCCAUCUAGCCCACACUGGGGUGGUGGGGACGGGGAGAGAGGAGGGAGGAGGGACACCCUCCCUGGGUCUGGGGAGAGGGUGAGAGGAGUGAGGAGUGAUGGUGUUAGUACCCUCUGGGCCAGGGCCUGGGCCUAAUCCUCCGACAUCCAAGGACCUCUAACCCCUACCCACCACCCCCUUAUGGAUGGAAGACCCUGGAGGAAUUGAGGGGAAGGGGGCUACGGAGAUGUGUAUACUGAGCCCCAGCCUGAACUUCUACUCUCUACCCUCCACCACCCCUGGUGGAACACCCUUUGGGGAAGGGGGCUAAAGGGGUAGCACUCUGGGCCCUCACCCACGUCACACACCUCUAGAAGACCCUGUUAGGGUGUGGUUGGACCAUGCUCGGACAAUCCAUCUGCUUAAAUACCCGGUAACCUGGUAUUCCGGUAACUCGGAAAGAUGGACAGUGUGCAUGUCCCCCCCACUCAUAAGGCCAAAUACUUUGGCCCCCCACAUUCCCCUGUCCACACACAAACACUUACACAAAAGUACACACACACACUUUCCUGUCUGUUCUUGUUCAGGGAUUGGCAGUGGACUUUAGUACUACUUAAGUACUACUGUAGUACUACUAGUACUACUACAACGAAGGACUCAAACGCACGCAGACAAAAUGGUUAGUCAAAGACUGUACCAAAUACCGCUUUGAAGGAAACCAUGGAACCAUGAACCAAGAAUGUUUUUGUGCAUUUAUUUAUUAUAUAUAUAUAUGUAUGUAUAUAUGUAUGUGUGGAGACAGAUAUGACAUAUACUGGCGCACAAACAUGCAUGAGCAUGUAGAUGUUUGUGUGUGCAUAUGUGAUAUUGAAAUACAUGCUACAUAUAUUUAUAUAUAGUGGGGGAAAAAAGUAU